AUGUUUUCGAAGAAAAAGAAAAAGCCGCAAAUUUCGUGCCCGAGCAACUUCGAGCAUCGCGUCCACACGGGCUUCGACAAGCGCGAGGGCCGCUACGUCGGGUUGCCACUGCAAUGGGCGUCCAUUGUGGGCAACAAUCAGAUUCUGAAAUCAUCGAACCGGCCGCUCCCGUUGGUGGACCCGUCGGAAAUCACGCCGACCGAGAUACUGGACCUCAAGACGAUCGUGCGCCCUCACGGACAGGGUGGCCCCGUAGGCCCCGUUGGUGGUCCGGUGGCCGCCACCCCGGAGCCGGGCAAACUGAUCCUGCCGAAAACCUCCAACGUAGCGCGCUCGAACUCGCUGCGAAGCUCCAGUCCGCCGCGCGUCCGACGGGGCGAUUUGCGUGCCAACACCAAUGUGCCACCUUCCGUGCCGGAAGAACCGCACCAACCCGGCAGCGGUCAGCAGUCUCCGUACCCGGGGAUGAUGAUGAUGAACAACAACAGUUUCGCGGCCAAGGGCGGUCCAGCGGCGGCCCCAGUCGGCCCGGGAACGUUCACGCCCGGCCACCAAUCGAUGAUGGAGACCAACUUUAACAACAACUUCGAUCCGCACCAUCAACACGUGCACGUGCAGCAACACCUAGGGUCGCUUCCGCCCGGCGGUGGCCAGCAUCCGCAAGCGCCACACAUGCAUCUACCGCUCAUGCACCAACAACAGCAGCAGCACCAUCAUCCGCCGCUGCCACCGCAUCACCAGAUGGCAACCCCACACAUGAACGGGGGUCUGAUAGCGAACCCGGCCGCCGCCGCCGCCGUCAACCCGGCCGCGUCCACCAACGGAACUGGCUCGAACGGAAACCUCUCCAAUCCGGUCAGCGUGCUGACGGAAACGUCCUCGCUCUAUCACAACCGAUCCCAGAAAUCCUCCCCGACGGGAUCGGACAGUAUCCAGCGGUAUAACAGUGCCCAUCAUGGCGGAUACCCGGGACCGAUGGCCAGUAACAGCAGUAGCUUCCACGGCCCAGGAUCCAACCCGGAUGCCGGUCUGCAGACGGCGGUGGGUCCUCCGCCGCCACUGCACAGUAAACCCGGAUCGACCGCACCGAAUAGUUUCCUCGCCCACCAGGGGCCACCAGGAGGACAUCCCGGGAAUAGCACUCCGGCUAUGGAUGGAACGCAGCAGCUCAACAAUCACGGCCCACUCGGGCAGCUGGCCAACGAUGCGGCCAAUGGUAAUCAUGUGCCCGGUGCUGGUGGAUUCCAUCAUCAUCAGCAGCACCAUCAUCACCAUCAUCCGCACGGCGGCAUGGUGGGCCCGGGUGGCCAAACGCUGGCAACUCCGCAACCGACAGGCGGUCCUCAAAUGUCGCCGACCGGAAUGCAUAAUGCAGCUUCCCAUCAGCAUCCGCAGCAGCAGCAGCAGCAGCCUCAGCAGAUGCCGAUGCAGAUGCCGGGCGGCGGUCAGAUGAUGAUGAACCAUCAGCAGCAGCAGCACCAUCACCACCACCAACACCACCACCACCAGCACAAUCACAAUCCGAACCCGCAUCAGAAAAUGCCAUCACCGUCGUCCGGUUCCACGGGCCAGGGUGACCAGCAGCAGCAGCCGCAGCAGUCGCAGCACCAACAACAGCAAAAUCACAUUCUCAACAACAACAACGGGAGCGCCAUCGGCAGUGCCAAGAGCAACUCGCGGGCGUCCAGCUCGAGCGGUGGCAAUGUGUCGGUCGCACAAAGCACCACCUCCACCACGCAAAGCGGCCAAUCGCAGCUGCAACCGCCGGUGAAGACGGAGCAAAGACUGACCCACGAACAGUUCCGAGCGGCGCUCCAGAUGGUCGUAUCGGCGGGCGAUCCACGAGAGAAUCUGGAAAAUUACACAAAAAUCGGCGAAGGAUCCACCGGUACCGUGUGCAUUGCGACCGAUAAGUCAACCGGUCGUCAGGUGGCGGUCAAACAGAUGGACCUACGGAAGCAGCAGCGACGUGAGCUGCUGUUCAACGAGGUGGUCAUCAUGCGGGACUAUCACCACCCGAACAUCGUCGAGACGUACAGCAGCUUCCUGGUGAACGACGAGCUGUGGGUCGUGAUGGAGUUCCUCGAGGGUGGUGCCCUAACGGACAUCGUGACCCACUCGCGGAUGGACGAGGAACAGAUAGCGACGGUGUGCAAGCAGUGCCUGAAGGCACUGUCCUAUCUCCACUCACAGGGUGUCAUUCAUCGUGAUAUCAAGUCCGACUCGAUACUGCUCGCGUCGGACGGGCGCGUCAAGCUGUCCGACUUUGGCUUCUGUGCCCAGGUGUCGCAGGAGCUGCCGAAGCGCAAAUCGCUCGUCGGCACCCCGUACUGGAUGUCGCCGGAGGUGAUCUCGCGGCUCCCGUACGGGCCCGAGGUGGACAUCUGGUCGCUCGGCAUCAUGGUGAUCGAGAUGAUCGACGGUGAACCGCCGUUCUUUAACGAGCCGCCGUUGCAGGCGAUGCGCCGCAUCCGGGACAUGCCGCCGCCGAAGCUGAAAAACUCGCACAAAGUGUCGAGCCGGUUGCAGAACUUCCUCGACCGCAUGCUGGUGCGCGAUCCGGCGCAACGGGCCACCGCGGCCGAGCUGCUCGCCCAUCCGUUCCUCCGGCAGGCGGGACCACCGUCGCUGCUCGUGCCGCUGAUGCGCGGUGCACGCCACAGCAACUGUUGAGUCGCGCGUUCCCCAAAUCUUUUAGGCCAUCUUUAGCGAAACAAACACCCUUUGCGGCGGGUGUAAAGGUGUUUCAAACGUUUCGUUUUGAAGUGUUUCAAAAUUUGUUGCAUUUAUUCAUCGAAGUCGGUACUCUUUGUUGUAUAGCGAGAAGCUCUGUUUAGGAUUUAGGAUGUGACACCGGACGACGGUGUAUGUACUCAACUACGGUGUACUAAUUUCAGUGUAAGAGUUAACAUUGGCGAGCAUCCGAGUCGGUCCGGUGCGGUCCUAGGGGGAUGCUCGCCCACAGUAUUGCAAAUGACGCAGUUCCGCAGGAACAGAUAGUAUUCCGUUAAAAUUCCAGCACAUUCCAGUAGCGUUUAGACGGGUUCCGAGUAUUUUUGCGGGUAGAGUUUCAUAGCCAUUCACCGUGUUAGCUCAUCUCGGAUUCAGGGGACCCUAGUUUGGUGUAUUUACUGCCCAAGAUUAAGAGUUGAUUUUAUGAGAGCGAGUGAAAGUGUCCCAUUAGAUGUUUGUUAUCAACGCGCCUUGUUGUAGCUAUUUUAACCCCGUAGACUUAACUGACCGUUCUGUACAGUGCCGUCAGAACUGCUGAACGGUCCUAGGGUAACACGACUUUAGCUAUUUAAAACAGACAUUGUAUUUACGCAAGAGAGAAGCUUACUUACCCGGUUCGCGGGCGGUUUUUGAAAGAAGGAACGAAGUGUAUUAAGAUUAGAACACAACAGAACACGAAUCUGAAGCCCCACACCGCUUGGCGUGACGCGCAGGACAAUCAGGGCGAUGAAACAGAAUCUCCUCCCGGGGUUACACACAGUACAUUCCAAAACAGCACCAGGUCAAUUGCAGGAACUAAGUUCCGUCCAAGCCGUGUCGAAUGCCGGCAGCAGCGUUUCUCAUCGUUGUGUGCGUAACAAUACCAAGUAUUAGGGAAAGGACACGAUCACCCUCCCGUUGUAUCGUCCCCCGGUACUGAACACGGUGAAACGAAUGUUUAGUUGCUAAAUAACAUGUACGAUUUUUUUAAUAAAAAA